UAUGUUACUAGUCAAUAACAGAUAAAAAAAUAUUGUUUAAUACGGAAACAACACUAUAGCUUUGUGUUUCUUUGUUGUAAAAAAUAGGUUAUGUGUUGUUAUGACUCAAGGUAAUUUCAUAACAAGAUGAUUUGAGUAGUGCGACGUUGUGCCUUGCAGUUGCCUGCCUUUUAAGGUUCGAAAAGGUCUUGUGUAUAUUUGUAGUUGUACUCGAUCCAGUUUAUAUUGAUUGCCUACAAUGAGUGAGCGUGAAGGUGCUAAUGGUGCAGAAUCGCAAGGAGCGAACAAAGAAAAGAAUAAUGCGAGAACACCUUCGGAGCCUAUGUCAGCAGGAUCUCGCCCCCGCAGCUAUUAUGCUAGUGAACCUAUACAGUUCAGAGUACGAGGUACCACCAUUACUGGUGCAUCACCACCAAAGUUUGUAACAUUGGAGGACAUUAUGAAGGCAGCUCACGGCAUGCAGAACAUGGCACUUGCACAUGAAAUAGCUGUUGAUAGUGACUUUAAACUGGAGCCGUUUGAGCCCCCAGACAACAGUUAUCAAAAGCUGGUUAAAGAAACUAUGCACAAAGCUUACUUUGAUGUAUUGCGGGAACAACUGAAUUCUGACCCUCCUGAGUACAAACAGGCCCUUGUGCUGCUAGAAGAUGUCAAACAGGGUUUAUUCUCCAUACUGCUGCCGAGACACACUCGCAUCCGUGAGAUGAUAGAAGAGGUGCUGGACACUGACUUCAUCAAGCAACAAGCUGAAAACAACAGCCUCGACUUCCACAAAUAUGCCAAAUUUGUGAUCGACUUGAUGGCUAAACUGGCGGCACCUGCUAGGGACGAAAUGAUCCAUCAUAUUACAACGUUAACCGAUACUGUAGACAUUUUCCGGGCUAUAUUGGAGACAUUGGAAGUGCUGAAAUUAGAUCUGGCGAACACUCUCAUCGCCAUGAUACGACCGCACGUACAGAAGGAGAGCGUGCAAUACGAGCGGGAGAAGUUCGAAGAAAUUCUGAAAGUGACUGAAGACGGUCUCCAACACACAAAAGAAUGGUUGAAACGCAACAUUGACAAAACAGGUCUGAAUUUGCCCGUGACGGACCAGAAAGACAUAAGGAACAUCACAGCACAGACGUUAGCGAAGGCUUACUUAGAGCUACUGGAAUGGGACCCAGAUAAAGAGUAUCCAGAGACGGUAUCAUUAGACGCCCCCCGUUUCGCGGAAUUAGGUGACCAAGUAUACCGUCUGAUAGCAGCAGCCUCUCUCUUGCUGGUGAGUCCGGGAGUGAGUGCCAACGACCCCAAUAUGGCUGCACAGCACAAACAAACCCUCAAGGAGAAAAUCUUCAUCAUCAUAGAAGAGGCUUGUAACGAUACAGAACUGAAGGCAGUGCUGCCAUCUGUCGCCGAAGAAGUCAUUCUGGUAACAGAUCAACUAUUGGAAACUAUGAACCAAGAACCACUGACUGCAGAGACUAAAGAAUUGAUUAGGACUCAGAUCACUUCCUUGAGGGAUCCCGAACACAGAGUGAGGCAGAUAGUCCGUCAACGCGUUCUGGAAUUCUUCAAAGUGAUAUUGGUUUGCGCCGGUGGUUCCAGACAGAUACCCGUUGGGUUAUCGGCACUGGCGAAGGAGUUGACAACAAUCUCUGGUACUCUUCUUCGAUACGUGAUGCAUAACAAGGCUUUGUUCACCAGUCACUAUCUGGAUAUAGUCACUGAAGAAUUAAGUAAAAGUUAAGUUAUUAACAUAUUUGUUCCUCAAGUCCUUUUCAAAAAUCUCUUUAUUACAACUUGCAACUUUUGGUAAUAAUCUGAAGUAUUAUAGAAAGUUUUUCUGUUUCAAAAAUUCGGUACCCCUAGCACGAACCAAUAUCGAAUUCGAAUAGUUUGCGAGUGCGAAAUGUCAAUGUCAAAUUUUGUAUGGAAACUUGACAGCAGUGCCACAAAGUACGUAACGAGAACUAGAAAUCAGUACACAUUUGACAAUGACAUUUUGGACUCGCAAACGUAACGAAUUCGACAUUGGUUCGUACUAAGGGUACUGUUCUGUGCCGAUUAUUUACUUAAUAUUAUGUGCAAUACAAGAUCUUAUUCCGGAGUAUCGGAGAUAAUUUUAAAACGUAAGGGAAAAACUACCCUGAGAGUAUCGGGGGAAGGUCUGAAAUCCAAUAAUAAAAGCAUUUACAAGCUCUCAAAUCUUCACCACAAGUUCCGUUGUAACUGGCAUUUAUUAAGAAAAGACAGUGACCAAUAUUUUAAUCCUAAGAAUCGUUACCUAAUAUACCGAG